AUGCUCAUUUGUAGUAGACGAUACUUUUCAUUUGUGGUGGGCUUUAACAACAAUCUUUCAAAGUUCUUUUUGGUCAUUGAUCUUCUUGAUCAUCUCGAAGGGUCUGACCAUGAUGAAGCAAGAGUUUGGUCAGUAUAUGAAUGCAACAGUGGAGCAAUAUUCCAAAUUGUAUACAAUGAGCAUCUAAUCGCAAAAAAAAAAAAAGGGUUGAAAACGGCGAGUCGUUCACCCGUUCGCCCAAAACGCACGGCGCUUUCUUGUCUAGCGGACACACACUCUCUCAUUGCGGCGGACUCAGAAAAAUUGAUAUCAGAAUCAGGGUAA